UUGUUAACCGAAGUUUCAAUUGAAAAAUGUCAGCUCAAACUUUCAGUACAAAAUAAAUGUUUGGACGGCACUGAAAACGUCACAUGUUACUGAUAAAGCCUAAUAGGUACGUCGUUGAGGAAGAAUUUUUUCCUUCAAAGCUCAGCAGACAGAGCUGAUUCACCACGCUCUGUUUCAGCUAAAGGGGAUGAAAGCAGGAGGAAAAACACGAAGCCAAACGAAUGACCAGUCUGAGAGCUCACGUCAGCACAGCUGUGUGUGUGUGUGUGUGGCACUGAAGAGAGCGGCUGAUGGAAGAAACACCCGCGCGCACAGAGCACCAUGGAGUUUAGUUACAACAGAGAAUGAAUGUUGAAUUUUGAUGUCUCGAUGCGUCUCUCGCGGGAUUUCAGUGAUGAGGUGGCUCCUGCCGUGGAUCCUGCUGGUAACCUGUGGACUUCAUCAGUGUGAUCCUGAUAUAGUAGGCACAUGAUGUCUGUGAACAUAUUAUCAUCUGGAAAUGUUUCAAAAUGUUUAAGGAAAAUCUCAAAAGCAGUGAGCCUAGCCUAUCAAAGAAAUCUGUUUUAUCCCAAAGUCCCACAGUCAUUUCAGUUGUGAACACAGACCUGGACCUGUUUAACAGGACACAGUACUGUAAGUGGCCCUGUAAAUGUCCUAAGCUGGCCCCUGUGUGCCCUCUGGGGGUCAGUCUGCUCACAGACGGCUGUGAAUGCUGUAAGGCCUGUGCUAAACAGCUGGGAGAAACCUGCAACGAGAGAGACACAUGUGACUACCAUAAGGGGCUGUACUGUGACUACAGUGCUGACAAGCCUAGGUACGAAAAAGGCGUGUGUGCAUAUCUGGUUGGGACAGGCUGUGAGUAUAAUGGUGUGAUCUACCGUAAUGGUCAGAGCUUUCAGCCUAGCUGUAAGUACCGCUGCUUGUGUGUAAAUGGGGCAAUCGGGUGUGUGCCACUGUGUACUGACUCCCUGCCGCCUCGGGGGUGGUGUCAGUUACCCAAGCUGGUGAAGAUUCCAGGCCAUUGCUGUGAGAAGUGGUUCUGUAUUGAACCUCGAAAAACCCGCAGGACGAGCCCAAGACAUGCUGUGGAAGUGUCUCUAACCACCAAUGAGAUCUGGCACAACAACUGCAUUACCCAGACUAGCCCUUGGAGUCCGUGCUCAAAGACCUGUGGGCGGGGUGUGUCCAUGCGACACUCCAAUGACAAUUCCCAGUGCAUGAUGGAGAGUGAAAGCCGGCUGUGUAAUCUCAGGCCCUGCGAUGUGGACAUAACCAAACAUUUUCGGCCGGGGAAGAAAUGCCUGAACAUCUAUCGGGAGCGUGAAUUUCAGAAUUUCACCAUCUCCGGCUGCAUCAGUAAGAAGCCCUACUGGCCCAAAUACUGCGGAGUGUGUUCAGAUGAACGCUGCUGCAUCCCUUACAAGUCGAAGACUAUCGAGGUGGAGUUUGAGUGUCCCAAUGGAGCAGUAUUCACCUGGAAGUACAUGUGGAUCAACGCAUGCUUCUGCAACCUCUCCUGCAGAAACCCCAAUGAUAUCUUUACUGACCUGGUGCCUUACUAUGAGCACAAUGAGAUCAUGAACUGAGACUGAGAGGAGUAAUGACCACAGAUUUUCCACAAUCCCAGUGCUGGCUGACGGGAUCAGUGAUUAGAAGUCAUUUCAAGAGGUCAAAGCCACAAUCCUUUCACUCGUGUGUGUUCAGAUAAUACAUAUAUAGAGUUAAUGCACAUUCUGGGUGGGUAUUAAUUUGCCACAUUCAAAUUCUGUGUGUUAGACGAAAUAAGAAACACCUGGUAUGCACGGUAUUUCAGUUUGCGUCAGCAAAACCACAUUCUACGGUGCAGGAAAGUAUUUCAAAUUUCCAAAAGACACACACUUCAGGAGGAUUUUAUCCCACUCAUUUGGAAUGUGGUUCGGUUGGAAAAUGUGUCCUUUGACAUUUUCCAACGUCUUAAAUCACAGAGGAGCCACACGGCUUAUGUAAUGGAAAUGCUCUACAAAAUGAAUUCAUAUGAGGUUUUUAUAUUCCUUACAUGAAAAUAUAAUAUUUUGAAACAGUCACGGGUUUUAAGCACACAUUUGUUUUUUUAAAAUGAAGAAAUAGGUGGUUUGUUUUUACAAAAUUUGUAAAUUGUGAUUUUAAUAUGUUGUUUAUAUCGAGUAGCACUUUCUAUAUCCACUGAUUAAAGAGGAUGAACAGCAAAAA